AUGGGUCCAUCAGUUCCUCAACAUCGAAACAAGGAACUAGAGAAAGAGAUCGAACGAAGAAAAGACAAACCAUCAUUGGACGUUUCUGAGUACAAUUUAAAUGAUAAAGACAUGGAAAUCGUUGCAUAUUACGUGUUACGAAACAAUACGGCAAUCACCGGCCUAUACCUUCAUAAGAAUCAAAUCGGAGCUAUUGGAGCCCAAUACCUUGCAAAUGGAUUACGAGAUAACAAAACAAUCACCGAGUUGAUUCUCGUUAUUAAUCAGAUUGGAGAUACUGGUGCUCAAUAUAUUGCUGAUGCUUUGAGAGCUAACGACACACUCACUAACCUAGACCUUGGAUCGAAUCAAAUCGGGGAUGUUGGUGCGCAAUACCUUGCUAAUCUCUUACGUGAUAACAAAACACUCACUUGGCUGGACCUUUGUAGUAAUGAAAUUGGAAAUAUUGGUGCCCAACAUUUGGCUAAUGGUCUAAUACAUAACAAAACACUCGUCAGGUUAUACCUUAAUAGCAAUCGAAUUGGAGAUGCCGGUGGUCAAAAUCUUGCUGCUAGCUUGACGGAUAACCAGAUACUCCAGAAAUUGAAUAUCUUCUUUGGCAAUUAUAUUUCAUCGCAAUUGAAAGAACAAUUGCAGCAAAAAGACAAACGAUUAAUAUAA